CACCGGCCAUUCCAGUAUGACCCGUAUGCUGUUUAGUAGUCAGAGCUUUUAAGGAGCUCUGAGUCAGACGGAAACUAUUUUCCUGGUUGCUCUUUGGCCUGGGAGUGGCAACAUGAAAUCGUAGCAAGGAAAUGAUGCAAGCUUGAUGUUGUCGCCACGGUGAAUGCUUUUCUUUUGGUGCUUCGCGAAUACAAAAACAGUGACCUAGGAAUUAAUAUGUUUAGGAAUUAAAAUCAGAUACACUCGAGAUACCGAUUGUAAUAUGAUUACUUUGCAAUGCUUAAAACGUCUUACUGGAGGUUAGUGAAGUAUUUUAUCAUUGCAGGUGUACUCAUAGUUGUUGUUAAUAUCUUACUGAACAAAAAAGCUCAGCCAAAGACGGAUUUACCAACACCAAGUCCUCUGUCUCAGGAACUUUACAAGGUGAUUUCCCCAGAAACCUACAAAUACGUUCUCAACCAUGUGUCUGUGUGUAAGGAAAGAAGCCCAUUUCUGGUGCUAAUGGUUCCAGUGGCACCCUCUGAUGGGUUGUCCAGGGAUGCUAUCAGAAAGACAUGGGGCAGACCAGGCCUCAUCUCUAAUGUGGAUAUCCUCACUCUGUUCUAUGUGGGCUUGCCCGCGGAGGAACAAAGCUCCCACAUUCAACAGGACCUGGAGAAGGAGAGCAAAGAACACGCUGACAUCAUCCAAAUGGAUUUCCUGGACAGCUACCAGAACCUGACCAUCAAGUCCAUGAUGAUCAUGAACUGGCUCGCCACCCACUGUCAGGGUGCCUCUUAUGCGAUGAAGGUGGACACAGACAUUUUCGUCAACGUGUUCUACCUGGUCAAUAAGCUGUUAGUUGAAGGUGGCCCUCUCAGGCGUAAGUACAUCACAGGCUCAGUCAUCAGUGACGGCAGGCCUCGUAGGGAUAGGAAGAGCAAGUGGCAUCUGUCUGAGGACAUUUACCCCGAAGACACGUUCCCCCCAUAUGUCUCUGGAGCAGGGUAUGUCUUCUCUAUUGACCUGGCCAACAGGAUCUCAUGGGCAUCCAGGUUUGUGAGACCCAUCCCCCUGGAGGAUGUCUAUGUGGGGUUGUGUCUCCGGGUUCUAGGGGUCCGGCCUGUGUACUCUCAAACACUGCUUCCUCCCAGGAACUUGUUUGAGAUCAAUCGGUUGGAUUAUGAGACGUGUACGUAUGCCACGCGGGUCAUUGUCACUGGAUUUAAACCACAUGAGCUGCUGGACAUUUGGGGUGACUUUCAGAAAAGCCAUCUCACCUGUUGAUGUCUCAAUCCAGUCUUUCUGAGGCACUAAAAUGAAUAACAAGCCCUCAAAUUCAUGUGUAUGUUUCUUUGUUUUCUCCAGUGGUGGAAAAAGUAUCCAAUUGUGCUCCUUGAGUAAAAGUCUAAAAGUAUUUGGUUCUAAAUAUACUUAAGUAUUCAAUGUAAAAGUAUGAAUAAUUUCAAAUUCCUUACAUUAAGCAAAGCAGACGGCUCCAUUUUUCUUGUUUUUCGAAUGUACAGAUCGCCAGGGGCACACUCCAACACUCAGAUAUAGUUUACAAAUUUUGCAUUUCUGUUUAGUGAGUCAGCCAGAUGAGAGGCAGUAGGGAUGACCGCUUGUUCUCUUGAUAAGUGCGGGAAUUUAAC